AACAAAGAAGCAUGUCUUUGUUUAUGAACAUUUCAAUCUUCCUUUUUAUCAUUACACCAAUUAUUCAGAAAAUACAAGUAUUUUCACCAAUAAUUACUUUUCAAAUUUAUUGUUAAAAUAUAUUUCUUAGAGUUCUGCAAGUGGUGAUCAUUAAAGAUAGUUUUCUGAAUAUUAAUAAGAAGUUAAAGAUUAAAAUUUUCUUCUUAUUCCUGCAGAAUAAUGUCUUUGGUUACUUAUUGGAAUUUUAGGCUGUGUCAGUUUCCUUUUAAACCUUUUUGGAGAAUUGUUUUCUCUCGAAGAGUUCACCGAAAGCCUUCAAAGUUCAAAAAUGAAUUUGCAUACAGAAAUAAUUUUAAAAAAGCUUUUGAAAAUGUAAAUGAAGAUUCUUCUAAUAGAAUAAUUUCGUCUGACGUUGUUUUAGGACAGAAAAGAAAGAAGAAUAAGAAUAAAGUUUUAGAAGAUCACUGUGAAAAUAAUAGAGUUGACUCAAAUAGGUUACGAAAAAGCACAUCUUUAGAAUAUAGAGGAGAAUUACUCUUUGGUGUACAUCCAGUAUAUUUAGCCCUACUGAAAAAUAAAAGAAAGUUCAAUCAGUUAUUUGUAACAGACAAUAAAAUUGAAGAAAACAACAGUGAAUGUGUUUCACAUAGAACAGAGAUAAUAAAGAUGGCAAGAUCUCUUAAAAUAGAUAUAAAAAAUGUUAUUUCUAAAGAUUUAAGAUAUCUAGUACCAGGUGCUGUUCACCAAUUGGGUGUCUGUCUUGAUGCUGAACAUAUACAAUUGCUCGAGUGGAAAGAAACUGAAUCUGAAGUAGCACCUAGUGAAUUUCCUGUGUGGCUUGUUUUAGAGGACAUUUUGGAUCCAAUGAAUGUAGGUGCUAUUAUCAGAUCUGCAUAUUACUUUGGUGUAAAAAAUAUUUUUACUGUCAGAGGAAAUAGUUGCAAAAUGUCUCCAACAGUCAGUAAAGCUAGCUCUGGAGCUUUGGAAAUUAUGGAUAUUUAUCAAAUUGAAAAUCUUGAAUAUUUUAUCAAGGUUAUGAUAUCUCAGAAUUGGAAAAUAGUUUCUACAAAGGCUUAUAAUGAUAAUGGAACAGAAUGUGACAAAUUAGUAAAUGUUUUAGACUUUAAACUUAGAGAACCUACAAUUCUAGUUCUAGGCAAUGAAGGAAGAGGAGUUUCACCUAUCAUCCAAGAACUAUGCAAUACUUUUAUUUCAAUUUACCCCUCUCACACUUUGCAUAAAGGAAUUGACUCCCUGAAUGUUUCAGUGGCUACAGGUGUAAUUCUUCACUGUCUUUUUAAAUCUUGGAAGAAUUUGCUGGAAUGAAAUUUUGUUUUCUUUUAAUAUUUCAUUCUCAUUUUGUUAUAAUUUCUCACACGUUAUAAUUUAA